AUGAAUAUAACAAAAUUUACUAUUGAUAAAACGCGUCUGUUACCAAUUCUCACAAAAAAGCUUAGUUCUGAUACUCAACCAAAAGCAUCAAAAACUUUAUCUAAUCGUCAAUUAUUUCGACAAAUACUACCAUCUCAUGAUACGUUACGUGAAAUUGAAGCACUUAAAUUAGGAAAACCUCGAAAACGUAAAGCAUUUGGAAAAAAAUUAAGCAUUAUUGAAAAGAAAAAAUUAGGACAUAGACUUGGAGAUUUGACACUUGAACAAGAGGAAUAUUUAGAAUUACCACAUUUAUCAUUUUUUGCUGGUGCCAAAAUUCCAUCGUCAUUUCCACCUGAGAGAGUUCAAGAAUUAUGUUUCGUUGGACGAUCCAAUGUGGGUAAAUCAUCUUUAAUCAAUGCACUAGCUGAUACUACAGUAGUUAGAACAUCGGAUAAACCAGGAUUAACGCAACAGAUCAAUUUUUAUGCUGCUGGUAAUAUGUUUAAUAUGGUUGAUAUGCCUGGAUAUGGAUUUGCAUAUGUUAAAGAUGAAGAAAGACUCAAAUGGAAAGAAUUGAAUAUAGAGUUUCAGAUAAUUUUAACAAAAUGUGAUAUGGUGAUCGCGCCAGAUCUUGCACGUCGACAUUCUCUUGUUAAGGAACAACUUCAAGUUUAUAAAAAUGCAAUAACUCAGCCUAUGAUGGUAUCGGCUCGAAGAAAAGCAGGAAUUUACAAAUUAAGAAAAUUGAUAUUAACUAUAGCAGGAGGAUUGAAUAGAGCAAGAGAGGUUGCAAACAAAAAAAAGGCACAAAGAAUUGCAGAUGUUUCUAAUAAAUCUAAGGCGCCAUUAAGUAAGAUACUAAAAAAGUCUAUAGAUAGAAAAACGCCAAGGUAUUAUUAUGAAAAGAGAAAACAUGAAAGAAAGUCAUCGAAAAAGAAAUGA